CUGAUUAACCAAUGACAGAGGCUGGUUGCAUUGAAAGCAAUUCAUUUUCUGACAUUGCUACAGAGCCAUGACAGAACUCUGUGGGAGACCUUUCUCAGUGGACAUUUUCAGGACGGUUAUAUGUUGAAGGGAAAUUCAAUUUUGGUGAGUCAUUAAAAACGACUACAAAAAGAGAGAAAAUGGCUGAGAAAAUUGCUUUUGUUGAAAGCUUCCUCAAAUGUCCGGUGUGUUUAGAGACUUUCAAAGAUCCUGUGUCUCUGAUCUGCAACCACAGCUUCUGUUCAAGCUGCCUGAAGACAUGCUGGGAACAAGCUGAAAACAAAAACUGUCCCACCUGUAAAAGGAGAUCUUCAAAAUCUUACCCAAUCAACUUUGCUCUGAAGGAACUGGCUGACUUGUUUGCUGGAAGACAGAAAGCUGGAUCAUCAGGGGCAGAAAAAGAAGAGAAGGUGGAUGUGAUGUGUAGCAAACAUGAAGCCAAGCCUGAAUAUUUUUGUGAAGAUGAAGAUCGAGCUGUGUGUCCUGUCUGUGAGUUUUCUCUCCACCACGGUCACAAGGUGGUUCCUGUAGAAGAAGCAGUCGCUGGCCUGAAGGAGCAGCUGAAAUCAGACUUAGAGUCUCUACAGGACAAGAGGGAGAAACACAAACAAGUGGAGGAAACAUACAAUGAAGUGAUUCAACACUCCAAGAAGCAGCUGUUGUCCACAGAGAGGCAGAUCAGAGCAGAGUUCAAGAAGCUCCAGCAGUUCCUGAAAGAGGAAGAAGAGUCCAGACUGGCAGCUCUGAGGGAGGAAGAGGAGCAGAAGGGGAAGACUAUCAGCAGAGAGUUGAAGAAGAUUCAGGAGCAGAUCUCCUCUCUGUCACAAAGUAUCUGUGCUGUUGAAGAAGAGCUGCAGAAACACAGCGUGUCUUUCCUCAGCAGUUAUAAACCCACUCAGACCAGAGCCAGAGUCCAGUGCUCAGUGUCAGAUCCACAGCUGGUCUCAGGAGCGCUGAUCGAUGUGGCCAAACACCUGGGCAACCUGUCCUUCAAAGUCUGGGAGAAGAUGAGGGACAGGGUCCACUUCAGUCCUGCCAUUCUGGACCCAAACACUGCAAACCCCUGUCUCUAUCUGUCUGAUGAUCUGACCAGUGUGAGACGGGAAGAUACUACGAAGCAGCUUCCCGACAAUCCUGAGAGGUGCACUUACUAUGCAGAUAUUCUGGGCUCUGAGGCCUUUAGCUCAGGGAGGCACAGCUGGGAGGUGGAGGUGGGCAACCAUCCUUACUGGCUCCUGGGUUUGGCUAAAGAGUCAGUUGACAGGAAGGAUAAGAUUUUUGCUACCCCAGAAUCUGGAAUCUGGUGUUUAUUUCAUCGCAGUGGAAAAUACACAAAUGGCGAUGGAAAGAAUGUCCCAGUGAAGAAGAAUCUUCAGAGGAUCAGAGUCGAGCUGGACUAUGACAGGGGCGAGGUGUCCUUCUACGACUCUGAAGACAUGAAUCACAUCUACACUCACAGAGACACAUUCACUGAAAAUAUCUACCCAUUCUUCAGUAUUGGAGAUGCUGGGGCUGCUAAGACUACUGAUGUCAAAAUCUGUUACUCAGAUGAAAAUGUAUUGUAG